UGCUCGCCGGGUCCGAGCGGGAGCUGCCGCCGCCGGGCACCAAGGCUGCUUCCUUCUCCGCCUUCUCGCGCCCCACCUCCCCCGAGAGCAGGUUGAGGGGGAGCCGCAGCCCCAGCAGGAGGGCGGGGUGCGGUGUAAACAGGCAUUGCUCCCCAUCUUCAAGUCUUGGGGCGCUACGUAGCCGCGGGGGCAAGACAUGCGUCGCUCCCCCCUGCCCAGCCUCGCUGCCACCGGCGCCUGGAGAGGAGCGAUUGCGGAUCCCACACCUGCAAACUCACCUUAGAAGUCUCAAGGUGCGGCUGGGGCAGAGGGGCCAAUUCCCCAAGGCCCCCACCUCUCUGCGGGUGGUCUCCGCCCCUGUCCGGGGACCCGUGCCAAUGACCCUAGUGGUGGUUUCGCUUUCUCCCCUCUCGGCUGUGUGAACGUGUAUCCGCAGCGUGAUGGGUAACCAGGUGGAGAAACUGACCCACCUAAGUUAUAAGGAAGUUCCCACAGCCGACCCGACUGGCGUGGACCGGGACGACGGGCCCCGCAUCGGGGUCUCCUACAUCUUCUCCAACGACGACGAGGACGUGGAGCCGCAGCCGCCGCCCCAGGGGCCGGAUGGUGGCGGCGGCGGCGACGGCUUGCCCGACGGCGGGGACGGGCCGCCGCUGCCGCCGCCGCAGCCCUACGACCCGAGGCUGCACGAGGUGGAGUGUUCGGUGUUCUACCGCGACGAGUGCAUCUACCAGAAGAGCUUCGCGCCGGGCUCCGCGGCGCUGAGCACCUACACGCCCGAGAACCUGCUCAACAAGUGCAGGCCUGGCGACCUGGUGGAGUUUGUGUCGCAGGCGCAGUACCCGCACUGGGCUGUAUACGUGGGCAACUUCCAGGUGGUGCACUUGCACCGGCUGGAGGUGAGCAACAGCUUCCUGACGGACGCGAGCCAGGGCCGGCGCGGCCGCGUGGUGAACGACCUGUACCGCUACAAGCCGCUGAGCCCGGGCGCGGUGGUGCGCAACGCGCUGGCACACGUGGGCGCCAAGGAGCGCGAGCUGAGCUGGCGCAACUCGGAGAGCUUCGCCGCCUGGUGCCGCUACGGCAAGCGCGAGUUCAAGAUUGGCGGCGAGCUGCGCAUCGGCAAACAGCCCUACCGGCUGCAGAUCCAGCUCUCGGCGCAGCGCAGCCACACGCUCGAGUUCCAGAGCCUGGAGGACCUGAUCAUGGAGAAGCGGCGCAACGACCAGAUCGGGCGCGCGGCGGUGCUGCAGGAGCUCGCCACGCACCUGCAUCCCGCCGAGCCGGACGAGGGCGACAGCGACUCGGCGCGGACUACGCCGCCUCCCGGGCGCGCCCCUGCGCCGGCCCGGGAGGACGAGGCCCGCCAGGCGGUGGUGCACUGAGGGGCGCCCUGAGUGCGGAGUCUUGAGAGGGAGCCUUCCGCAGCGGCCGCCGCCCCCUCCCUCCUCUCACUCCCUUCUCCAGCACCUUCCGGGCCCCAUCUGCGCUCCAGGGCCAUUUGGAAAAAAGGAGCGUUGGCGAAAUAGCGCAGCCAGCUGUGGCUUGAGCUUGUUAUCUUGGACGGAGGAGGAAGGGGGAGCAGGUAGGAGCACUUUGGCCGGGGGGCACUUCCUGCCCUCCCGUUGGAUCAGUCUUCCUUUCCGAGGUGGGCCAAAUGGUGGACUUGCUUGAUACUUAAUCCUUGCUGGACCCGGGUCCAAAAUCGACCCUUCUUACGCACUCGGGGGUGGAGGAAAGUUCGGAGUACCAGUGCCUGCUAUUGCGUCCUUCCUGCUUCUCCUCCUCCUCCCCUGGGCUUGGGGGGUGCCCUGUACUGAGGCCUGAGAGGGUUUGUGGGGGCGCCCUGCCAGCACGGAGAGCUGCAGAUUUGCUACCCCCACCCCUGAGGGGGGGGUGUGGGAGUGUGGGAUAUGGGAAGCCGGGUGAUUUACUUUGGGGGAUUCCUGCGGUUUAAGGCUGGAGAGACCAGGCCCGGGUCUGGGAGCAGCAGACCACAACCAAGCAGCCCCCCGUGAAGUGUAAUAAAUAGUUGGGUAAACUUGGGCUACACAACAAAGACUUUGCUACCGCCCCCUGCCCACCCCCACCGCCAAGUAAUUCAUCUUCUGGAGCUGACUUCCAGGAGAGUCCCCUGCUCCAGCCACCACUUCCCAGGUUCCGAGUAAAUCAUUGUCACAGGCCAGCUAGGAGAGGGAUUCAAUUAUGAUUCUGUCUUGCCGCCUUUGUUUCUAGCCUGCUUUUGUAGGCACUUGGAGCCGCGUUCUUACCAAAGGAAGGAAGCCCUCUGUGUCUCUGAUCUAAUUAAAACUGCUUGGCUGUGUUCAUCUGCAGGUCACAUAGGGGGUUCGCUGGUGCCACCCCAUAAAGUAUCCACUACAGAAGCAGUCAAAUGGGGUUGCCCUCGCAGAAAUUAAUUUCCCACUCAUCACCUAACCCCCUUCCUGGACAGUGAAGGUAACCUUUUGUAAAAGGCGAAAGAUUUAUGCGAUCUGAAGAGAAACCAGAGUAAAGGUAACCUUUUGUAAACUGUAAGGCUUUGGUGGUGGACCUGUGAUUUUUUUUUUUUUUUUUUUUUUUUUUGCCUCCUCACUGCCCCAUCCCCCUCACUCACUUUUGUUCUGCCGGUGAUAAAAUCUUAGGCUUGAGGUCUAUUCAGUGAUAAGGUGUUUUGCUAGCCACACCUGAUGCAAUUUAAUCAAGAGGCAAAGUCUUGUUAUAUCACAGCCUUCUCUUUGUUCCUUGGAGAACUCUCCCUCCCCCCUUUCAGUGCGAUUUCGCAAUUAAGAGGGGUGACAGCCAUCACAAAUUAAAUGCCACCUGGUGUAGUCAGCAUCGAAUCUGGUGACAGUCCUAGGGCACAGGUUGGUGGUUGUGAGAUGUGUUGGCAGCAGGCUGGCCUGUACUCUUGGGUUCUGCUGCUGAUCCUGUUUGCUGUACUGUGGGGCUUCUAGAAAUUUUUACAGCCCAUCUCCUGUAUUCACGUGAGCACUUGGAUGAUGUGUGCCCUCGAUUUCACAGUGCUGUUUUGCUGCAGAUUGGUACUGCUAAUGCCGUCUCAAAAGUCGCAUGAAGUUUUCCUUUCUCUUGGGUGUCAUUUUAGAUGACACCGAACAAGUCCUUUUCUGAACAAAUUCUUAGAGUUGGAAUGGAAUCCUAUUUGAGCGUCGUGUAAAACCCAAUCCUUGGGUUUUCUCCCUGGGGGUUUCUAACUCAUGCAACAAGACUUGAAGGAUUUCCUUGUAUACUUUUUUCAAACUUGGAAGUUGAUGCCAUAAUUUUUCAAAGCCUAGACUGUCGUAGCACCUCAAUAUGAAUUUAAUUUUAGGGGCAUUUGCUGUGUCCCUGUUCUCAAAAGCAUCACCAAGCAGGUCCUAUCCCUUUGCUACAGAGGAACCACACUCAGCCAUAGUCUGGGACUUUGGAGAGAUGUCAGUCACCUGUGGGAAAUGUAGAUCUAGUUUUCAUGUGUAAUAAUCUCUCAGCUUUGUGUUUAUAUUCUCUUGUUCAUGGAAAAGCCAAGCAAGGUAAAAGAUAUUUAGGAGAGCCUCACACAUCUAACAGAUAACGGGGUUUUUUUGUUUUUAUGCUUAACACGGUAGUUGAAAGACCAGUGUGCAGACAGGAAGAGGGGAGAACAGAACAGAACAGCACUGUCUAGCAGCUCUGGGCUGGCUAGCCAGCUAGCUUUUCCACUCCCCUAUCUCUGUGGGCCUCCUUUGCCCUCAGUUAGAAAGUGAAUGUCAUUGGUCCCACGGAGGUAGGUACACCAGUGACUGUUGUUACAAAGAAACUGCUUUUUGUGGGAAGUCUCCACCUGAAGGAAGAACUCUUAGAAAAUCCACAUCUAUAGUAGUAGUCUGCCUCUAGACAAGAGGUUUUUUGAAAAUGAACUAGAAGAGAAAAUCCAUCCACUCCAGAGACUGUUUUCCCAUGUCAUGCGAGCAUUUUUACUGGCUACCAGAGGUGUGAAGUACAUAAUACGAAGAAUGAUUCCAUUGGAAGUUUUCUUAGGGCUCUCUGAGGCUCUAAAGCACCAACCAACCAAUGGAGGCUCCAAGAAAGGGGAAUCUGUCCACGCAGGCCUUUCCUCAAGGUGGCAGUGUUGCGGAUAAGUGAGUUCACAAUGUCCAGGCUAUGGCUACAUCUGGCACUUUAAAAAUAUAUAUAUAUUUAAUAAUUUUUGUUUCUCCUUGGGAAUAAGACUUUAGAACUAUUUUGUACUGUGAAUUAUGUAUGUUCUUUGAAAGAAAUACUGAUUCUAACGUUCUUCAGAAGCUGUGGCAGGGAUAAGCAGGACCCCGGACUGGAUCACAUACUAAAAGCAAUGAAAACAAAUUCUAUUUUCUUAUUUGAGCAAAUAUUUUAUUGAGACUGCUUAUGUAUGUCAGAGGAGCCCACAACAUCAGCUACACAACUUUUGUAUCAAAAGAACUCGUGGUUUUUGUAGCUUUUAUUCCACAUGUAAUUUAAAAUGACUUUAUAGCACUAAAAUGCCUAUAGCAGAAGACUUAACACCAGACCUUUAAGGAAAUUUUUAGUUUUUAUGAAAAAUUACACUUCAGUGGUUCAACUUCUCGUGUCUUCCGUGCUUCUGGCCCUAAGAGCACCACUAGACAACACGACAACCACAUGGAAACAUAUUUUUGGAAGCAAAACUUUAAUUUUAUACGACAUACGCUAUGGAGAGUGAAGGAAAAUUAAUGACUACUUGUUUUCUAUUUUUUUUCUUAACAAAAUGGAAUCCACUGUGUCGAAGACUCUUGAUAUUAUGUGAUUGUCUAACCAUUUUUUUAAAAAAUACAUUAGAAUAAAAUCUACGAUCAUGGUCAACAAAUGGUUUUGUUUGGAAAGUUACAUUUUAUUUGUGAAAAAAAAUUUUUUUUUUUAAAUCAUGGUAACUACAAACUUGACUGGUUUAUUCAAAUUUUCACUAUGUUUUGUUAGCUAUAAUUCUUGUGACCCCUGGAGAAUUACAUUAACUAACACAGUAAAUUCUGUGUAUAUUUUAUUUCCUAGUGAAUUGUGUAAACUGUAUUUUUGUUGAAGAAUGUAUGUUAAAUCAAUGUUAUGUUCUCAUACUACUUCUUGAGAAGGAGGUUCCGAUUUGAAAUUGUAUCAUUUCCUUCAAAAUGAAGGGCAGUGUUUAGUUAAAUAAAAGAUUGAUGACAUCUUUUGAACCA